ACGUGAGUUAGAGAGACGAGGUUCCUCCGAUCGCCUAUAUAGAUGGCCGAAGAACACUGAAUCAGUCGAAUCAAGAUGAACUGAUCAUCAUUUUUUUACUAUCUCAAACAGUUCCACGAUUUCUCUCUGUUCUUCUUCUUUUUGCUACCGUUUUCGAUCGUACCUUCUCUGUUUCCGUUCGUUCUCGAAGAUCGAAGGCAUUGAAGUGGGUUCUGAAUUUGGUAAAGGCGGAAUCGAUUUUAUGGCCAUUUCAGAUUCUUCAUUUCUGCUCAUUUCAUUGGUCGAUUGUGAACUUUUGCCUUCGGUGGAUUAUUGUCUGUUAUUCAGGUCUGAUAUGAAGAAAGGCUUGCUUGCAACCUCUUAAUCAUUGUGUAUUUCCGAUUAGCCUGCUAGUUUUUCUCCGCUUGUACUGACUGAGCUUGAAAAGUUCACUUCAACCACGAUGGGCCUCUCCAGUCUUCCAGCUCCAUCUGAAGGUGUCCUAAACGCAAUUCUCAUAAACGCUGCACUAUCCAUUUCCAUCUUCAGAUGCAUUGUUCGUUUGAUCCUUCACAUUUUAGGAAUCCGUUUCUCAUCGCCAUCAUCCUUAGUCCCAUCUACAGAUUCCUUUGAAAACUCCUCAGAGUUGGGAGAUUCCAACUUUGGCUCCUCUUGGAGUUACCUCGAGAUGUUUCGGAACAGAUAUCCAAGUAUUAGGUUUGAUAAAGUACAGGGCUCCGAACGUCUCGAACACGACUGCUCGGUCUGUUUAACUCAAUUUGAACCUGAAUCAGAGAUAAAUCACUUAUCUUGUGGCCAUCUUUUUCACACAGAAUGCUUGGAGAAGUGGCUGGAUUACUGGAACAUCACAUGUCCUCUUUGCAGAACUCCUCUAAUGUCAGAAGAAGAGAAAUCGUGCUUUUGGUGAGCGUUUAGUGUGCUAGAAUCUAGUUAGGGGAAACUCAUGUACAGCAUACUCUUGAACGCGUUUCCUACCUUCUUUGAGUAUGAUAUUUUAAGUUUGGUGUGUCUUACUGGUCUUAGAGACCAAAGUUUUGUCACUGUAAAUAUAUGUUUAUGAAGUUUUGCUUCUGGCUUGUGCCUUUAGCUUUGAGUUAAUGCACUGUUUCUUCACUGUCUUUGUAUAUGGAAUUGAAUGAGUAUGCAAAAAGUUUUUCAA